AUGGUGAACUUUACGACAUACAGACGACAAGAAAAUGGUUUCAACAAGCGCACGUGUGUUAUUGGCAGGGACAGUUUUUGCUAUCAGCGCAAUUUUGACUUUGCGCUAUCUAAUGAAAAAGACAAGAAAAAAGACAGAAAAAUCUCCAGAGAAGAAUAAUGAGGAAGAUGAUACACUGAUACCUGUGUCUGACCAGCAUAAUGAUCACACACACAAAGAUAUUCAUAUUCAUGGUAAACGUAAACACCCAAACGAAGAUUUUAUCAACGUGGAUGUGCAAAGUCCUAAAAAACCUCAUGAAAUGCCAAAGAGUAAACCAAUUGCUAAGGACGACUCAGAAAAUUUGGAAUUCUUUAGAAAAGAACUUCAGAAAUUUCUAUCUGAUGGAGUUGAAAAUACUGACGAGAAUACAAAUCAAAAUGCAGAAAGUAAAGAUAAUACAUUAAAAGACAAAUCAGAAACUAUAAAAGAUGACAACACCAAGAAAGAAGUAAAACUUGAAGUUAACAAUGGUUUGGAGGGAAAUAAAGAGGUAUUUGCAGGGGAGAUAAUAGAACCUAAAAGGUCUCAGACUCUUUCAUCUACACCAAAGAUAGUAAUAUCUGAAAGUGAAUCAAAGAUACCUUAUCAAAAUGGAAGCACUGCAGAAGGAAAACAAACCAAGAGUGUAAAUGGAAAAUCCUGUGAGGUAAAAAAAGAAUGGGAUGAUGAUCCGAGUUAUACACGAUUCAGUGAAGAAGAGAUAACAGACGCAUUGCUUGUAUCUCAGACAUCUCCAGGGAUUCUGUCUGGUUAUAAUGCUGAGGUUCUGUCCUGCUUAUUAACCCAUCCUGAUCCUAAGUUACAGGAGACGGUCCUCAACGGAAUCAAUCGAUGUUCAACCUUUACCAGAAAUCAGAAUUUGUUCCGUGAACAUGGAUGCUUGUCCAGACUGAGUAAUUUACUCUAUCAACAAAAAAUGUCAAGGUCAGCCAACCCUAAAUUGGUGACUUCAGUAGCCAAUGCCAUUACAAACUUAUCAUCAAAUGAAGAAAAUCAUAAAAAAUUAGAGGACUGUGUAUCGACCCUCGUAGAUUUAACAUUGGAGGAUGAGACAGGAGAGAGUGUGUGUCUAUCAUCUCUAAAAGCUUUAACCAACCUUUCCGUUACCAGUCAACAUCAUGGUCAUUACACAAGAGUGGUACAAAGAUUGUAUGAUUUAGUGGACACUGGAGCUGCCAGCAUUAAACUCCAAGCAGCAAAAGUUUUAGUAAAUCUGUCUUGUAAUCCAGAACUAGUCCCACAUAUGUUAGCUGCAAAGGCUCCAGUUUGUCUGAUUGAACUGCUUAAGCAAGGAACAGAAGAAGAGUUAAUGUUAAGAUGGACAACUCUUCUCGCUAAUAUCUUAACAAAAGCCAAAGAACAAAAAGUAACUUCUGCUUCACUUCCAGCAGACGACAAAGCACCAAGUCCAGAGACAAUGUACACAGCUUUGUAUGGUGUUAGUUCAGGACAACUCAAAUCCAAAGUUUAUUUGUUGAGUCGACAUAAAAAUGAAAACAUCAGCCAUCAAGCUUCUAAAAUUUAUCAAGUUAUCACUAAAUAAGGAAUGUGUUGAAUGAAUUGUGUCAGUGAGUGUAAAAAGAAUGAAUUGUUGUGUGUCUUGUGCCAUGGAAAUUUGUUGUGUGAAUUUUUAUUGCAUAAUUUUUAACAAAUCUCAAUGUUUCAGUCUUAUACGGCUGUUCCAUCAUAUAAUCAUGUAAUAAUGCAUUGAAUUGGAAGGGCACUUCUUGAAAGAAAUAGGAACAAUAUAGAUUUAAAUUGUUUUAAUAUGAUUUUUAAAGCAUUCUUUGAGAAGAUGUAACUGCCAACCAAUUAAUUAUUUUAAGCAUAAAAUUGUUUAUAAAAAAAAAAUUUCACAGAGAUUAUGAAAAUGUGUAACAAUAAUGUUUUCCAACGAGAAUGUUAUUAAACAUUUUGAACAAAGAA